GUCUACGGAAAUGGAAUAGGAAACAACUUCUUGUAAACAAUUGCUGUUACAAUUUUCUUUUAUAAUUAACCAAAAAAUAAUAAUUUCAGUUCAUGAAAAAAUGUCUUUGGAAAAUAGUAAGCCAGAUGUGUCAGAAUUCAGGACUUCAAUACAACAAUUCACUUGGUGUGAUUACGCUGUGUUUGUGGUUAUGCUGUCCGUGUGUGGAGGAAUCGGUGUGUUCUUUGGUUGCGUGAAGAAGCAAAGAUCAACACAAGACUAUUUGAUGGGUGGGAGAAAUAUGAAAUUAGUACCUGUCUGUUUUUCGUUAGUAGCAAGAAGUACACCUAGGAUAAGUUGCCGACUUUCCCUUAGGACCAAGUAUAACGUUGCUAGAUACAAAAAGGGUGGUUUGAAGGCAGUAGUGUGGACCGAUGUUAUACAGACAUUAAUAAUGGUAGGCGCAAUAAUUUUGGUAAUCAUAAAAGGCACAAUUAUUGUUGGUGGUUUUCAAGAGGUAAUAAAAAGAAAUUGGGACACAGGAAGGAUAGAAUUACCAUCGUUGACUUUAGAUUUUACAGAGAGACAUUCAAUUUUGUCAGUCUCUAUCGGUUCUUCGUUCUAUUGGAUUGGAAAUAUCGCAGUGAAUCAAUCUAUGGUGCAGAGAUUUUUAUCAUUACCUGAUUUAAAAUCGUCAAAAAGCGGGCUAUUAGCAUUCGCUAAGUACUAUGACUGUGACCCUUUCGACUCCAAAUUGACAUUGGCCAAAGAUCAGCUACUUCCUUUAUUAGUUAUGGACGUUUUAGCAGAAUGGAAGGGAAUGCCAGGAAUAUUUGUCUGUGGUGUAUUCAGCGCUGCUCUAAGUUCACUGUCCACUGGUCUCAACUCCAUGGCCGCAGUCGUUCUAGAAGAUUUCUGGAAGCCUUUCUUCAAAAAGCUAACUCAGAGACAAACUCAAGUACUAAUGCGUGCUGUUGUUGUUAUUUUAGGAAUCAUCUGUGUUGGUCUAGUGUUUGUAGUAGAAAUGCUGGGUUCCGUAUUACAGUUGACUAUGAGCCUCUCAUCCGCUUCUAUGGGCCCAUUAGCUGGUGUAUUUCUUAUGGGCAUCUUUUUGCCUUUCAUAAACUCUACGAAUGCACUCAUGGGUGGUAUUCUUGGACUUUCAUCCUCCUGGUACUUAGUGGCACAAUCUCAAGUAGCGCAAGCUCAGGGAUCGCUCAAAUUUAUCGAGAAGCCAAGAUUCACGCUCAAUUGUACUUACAGUUUUGAACAAAAUGUAAUCAGUGAUGUAUCAUCAACUAGGUAA